GGCAGUGAGAGCACAAGCACGGCCAGUCAAAAGGGAGCAAGAGCAAAACACAUCCACCGUGUUGUGCGCGUAGGUCGUGUUUCGUUUCGUAGUUUUUCUCCAAAAACGCGUUUUUCAAAGGUUUCCUUAAUUUUAUCCGACCUUGCCGCGCGGACCACGGGAACGGAUUCGAUGACCCCGGGCGCCAGUCAUCACCAUCGUCACUGAACAGUGUUCAUUUUCCACGUUUUUCUUUCCUGGUGGUGUGGUCCCUCGGGCUGCACACGCGCGCGCGGCUGCACCGUGUCCCGCACCUUGUAAUCGUGUGUCCUAUGGACUCCGGAGUCGGCCAACUCGAUGCUACCAUCUCGAAUCGGUAGUCUAACGCGUGAACCGUCCAUCUUGUCUGUGAAACAAACGACAGAUCAGAAGGAUCCGCUCCGGAGAAACCAACAGCAAGUGGAAGAAGGAGGAGGCUGGCAGGCAAGAAAGAAAGAAGUAACCACUGUACGUAAAACGGAAAAAGCACCAUCGAAGGAACAGCGCUUUUGAGCUAAAGCACUACAGUAAAACUGCAGCUACGUAUAGAAGACACGGAAGGACACUUUAAACAUCCAGCGCUACAUAGAUACAAAAUUUCAGUACGAUGGAACUGCGCGUGGGUAACAAGUAUCGGCUCGGGCGGAAAAUCGGUUCCGGAUCGUUCGGUGAUAUCUACCUCGGUACGAACAUCUCCACCGGCGAAGAGGUCGCCAUCAAGCUGGAAUGCAUCAAAACGAAACAUCCGCAGCUACACAUCGAGAGCAAAUUUUACAAAAUGCUCCAAGGUGCGGUUGGCAUCCCGACGAUCAAGUGGUGCGGCUCCGAGGGCGACUACAACGUGAUGGUGAUGGAACUGCUCGGACCAUCGCUCGAAGAUUUGUUCAACUUUUGUUCGCGCCGCUUCACGCUCAAGACAGUACUGCUGCUUGCCGACCAGAUGAUUUCGCGCAUCGAUUUUAUACACUCGCGCAGCUUCAUACAUCGUGACAUUAAGCCGGACAACUUUUUGAUGGGGCUAGGCAAGAAGGGCAACCUGGUGUACAUCAUCGAUUUCGGACUGGCGAAAAAGUAUAAGGAUUCGCGCAGCAUGUCCCAUAUACCGUACCGGGAAAAUAAAAAUCUAACCGGAACGGCCCGGUACGCAUCGAUCAACACACACUUGGGCAUCGAGCAGUCGCGCCGGGAUGAUCUCGAAUCGCUCGGGUACGUGCUGAUGUACUUCAACCUCGGUACACUGCCAUGGCAGGGUUUGAAGGCGGCCAACAAGCGCCAAAAGUACGAGCGGAUCUCCGAGAAGAAGCUUUCUACGCCGGUCGAGGAGCUGUGCAAAGGGUUUCCGCGUGAGUUCAGCCUGUAUCUUGCGUACUGUCGCCAUAUGGACUUUAUUCAGCGGCCUGACUACUGCUAUCUACGCAAGCUAUUCCGCACACUGUUCCACCGGCAGGGGUUCGUGUACGAUUACGUGUUUGACUGGAAUAUGCUAAAGUUCGGGAGGCCCAAUCUGAACGCAUUCACGAGCAUGAAGCGUGGCCAAAGCCGGACACCGAGUGCCACUCAGAACGAGCAGCAGCAGCAACAGCAACAGCAACAGCAGCAACAACAAAAACAAAUCACCAACACCACCUCAGUGACGACACCGUCCAAAGGUGCCAGUGGUGUCGGUGUGGUAGUGGGCGGAAGUGUCGGAAAUGCCAACAACGCCAACAACAGUAGCAGUGUCGGGGGCGGUACCGCGAUCGUUAGCAGUCACGCAACAUCCGGCGUGGUUGGAAGCAAUGCGGCGACGGCCGUCGCCGUUGCGGCGGCUGCUGCCGCCGAUAAGAAUAAGGAAAUGUCGCCACAGACGCGCCACCUGCUGCAGCAUUUCAUACGGACAGAGCUGCAGAAAGGGCAACCGCCGGGCGGUGCAGGAGGAAGUGUCCAGCAGCAGCAGCAACAACAGCAACAGUCCGGUGGUGGCGGAAUGGUGAUGGGCGGCGGACCGCAAACCAUCGGGGGUCAACCGUCGGCGCACAGUAACAACAUCAAUAACAACAGUGGCAUCGGUGGCAAUGAUCCGACCGUAGAUGCGACGGUGGUGGCAGCUUCCUUUUCCCGGCACGAAACACCGGAGCGCCGUUCAUCGAUUCGUCUGCGGGGACAAAAUUUGGACGCAAGAAAUGUGGAAUAAUAUUAAAUUUUUCUUUAAUUCGUUUCUUCCCUCGCUGCAUGUCCUUGCGAGCACGAGUACAUACACACACGCAAACACACACAACGUACUGUUUUAUAUGAGGUUUAGGUUUAUGCGAAUAAUAUUCUCCAUGUUAGUUUGCGAAGCCGCCACCCGUAUUGUGUCAUUUCUUUUCAAACACGAGAGUUUUCUUUCGCCACACAUGUAUAUUGAUGUAAUAUUCCAAAACAAGGUAACCAUCCUGCCACAAAAUAUGUCCAUUUCUUGAUGAAAACAAAGACAAACCAAAAUCAUCCACUUGCUUUAGUUUAGCAAGCUCGAAAGCUGUACUAUUGAACUAUAGACGAAUCAAGCACCGAUCUCUAGUAAAAGGACAAGGAAACCAGUAGAUAGAUUCUGUGCAUGCUUUAGUCUAGCCGAGAAGCGACAUGAUGCAAGAAAAGGAUAUAUAGACGAGCUUCCGGGUACUUUGGAAGGGCAAAAUUGCACGGGGGUUUGCAUUGGAUAAAUGCAAGAGCGUGAGAACAAGAGCCAAGAACCGUUUCAAACUGUUUACCGUUAAUCAUGUGGAUCGAUGUGUUUGUGUAUGUUUGGGUGUGUGUAUGUGUAUAAAAGGAAGAAAGAUGUUGCGCAAAGGACAUACUUGGGUAAAAUGUAGCCUGUGGACAAAAUGACUGUUUUUCGCAUGUCGACUGAUAAUACGGUCCCUCCAUGAUUGUAUGGAGACACUUGAAAACGAGCAAAUCGAGAGUAUGUGUUGUAUGAGUGCGCUCUGCUGGAGCUUAGCAGAAGUGUAGCGAAUCAAACGACUUGAACCAAGGUCUUACCAUCCGUUUUGUUAUGCUUUCUUCUAUUAAAUCAAAUGUAUAAAAACUUUGAUAGAUCAGCUGCAAAUACCCGUCAUCGUUUAAUUUGCCGUAUAGGCGUGUAUAUUUAGCAGCAUUCCGUUGCAUCACGCCUUUCACUGUACAUCCAUUUCUAAUUUCUGUAAAAAUCAUGACUUAAGGAAUGUUUGAUUAAUUUGUAAGCAACCGUUUAUAUUGAUUAUUUGACCCACGUUUAAGACAUACGUCGAACCUUGCUUGCGAGGUUCAAUGUUGGCUAGAAACGUAAAAGAAAAUCAGACACCUCAUCAUCGCAAAACGCUGCCAGGGCAAAGCAAAAACAAAGCCAGUUCCAUACGACGAAUCAAACAUUCGCUUUCUUUCGUCAUUCGCUUUCGCCGUAGGGGGAUUCGUCGUUAUUGGCUCAUGACGAUUGCUAGCCUUAUGAGUUAUCCUUUACGCAACAGUCACCCAGAACAAAACAAUGAUUUGCUCUCCCUUCCGGAACAGGGAAUGGAAGGGAAAGGGAAAGCGCUUUUUAAAAGUGUUGCUUAAGUAGAUCGCGCACACAUCGACAGAAGAACUGAUACGCUGAUACGCGAUGAUGUGGUACGGAGCAGCCGGACCCGUGUAGAUGCAGAUGUAGCUGAACGAGUUUAGAUAAACGUAAAAAGGGAUAUAGUAAUGUUUAAAUGAAUUUAGCCACCUGCCAAGCUAAGCAAGCGGUUUACUGAUAUAUAACGAAGGAAAGCGAGGGAGGAAAACGUUUUUAGGCUAGCGAAGAAAAGUAACAGAAAAAUAUGGGCCCAGAAGGAAUGAAAGGAAGAGGAAAGUACACAUGCGCGUGGUUUGAGCGCGACCUGGGUGAAAGGUGAUAAGAAAUAAGGGUGUACCAGUUCAGCAACGACUAAUAAAAUGCGACUAACUCUAAACUAACGCGAACCGCUUUCUCUCUCUCUUUCUCGAAAAUAAAUAUAAAAGUAUAAGAAUUGCAAUGCUAAGGUGAAUGGAAGUUUUGGGGAGCACAGCAGUGGCACGCUGCCUGGAUUUGUGUAGUAAGUGAUCGCUGCAGUAUAAGGACGAGGAAAAGCAUAGGUUCAGUACGUCACAUUAUAACAAAUAGGACAAAGCCAGCGUUAUCAAAUCAUGCCGCCGAUGUUAGAUGAGAUAAGGGACAGAAUGAGAGGGAGAUUGCUUACGGCUCGGGGUAGAAGUGGCCACACUAUGGAAGCUGCAUGCGAAAACGGUUCCAUAUUUCUUUCAUUUUAUGUAUGAACCAGUUUAGAAUACAAAUAUCGGUUACUGAGAACAAAAAAAGUACUACCAUACACACAAAAUACACAAACCAGCAGUAAUAUGAAGGUAUAUGCUCUAGUAAUAACGGCGAGUGAACUGUAAAAAAAAUAACACACACACAUACGACAACAAAGGAUAAUGAAAUUAAACUAACUUAAUACCCCCGCUAGCGUUUAAUCUAGGACAGUACUGAAUAUCUACACUACUAAAACGAGGCAGAACCACUCGCUGUGUAUGUUCGGGGUUACAGUUUUGCCCGGGAUAGACCAGCAACAGCAAGGUUACAAUUUACAACCAACAACAAAACAACCCUUAUAAACAUUAUACAAACAAUGUGUAUGCAGCGGCGAACGAAGGAAGAAGCAUAAGAAUGCAACGAAAGUGAACUAAAUACUGUUUUUUGGCAGAGGAACUACGAUCCUAUAACGUCAAAGUAAAACUAAACAAAUUAAACAACACACGACGGUGCGGUACACGCGCGUCGUUUGAUAAGCUAAGUAUAAGUAGACCAACAUGGGAAGUGAAAUCAAUGCUAUAGUGUGCGUGUAAACAAAAACAAAUGGGGUGACGAAGAGGAGCGAAUCCGGAGGGAAAUGGUUUAGAUUUUAGAAUGGGACAUGAGAUGGAUAUAAGGACAGAUAUGGAUGUAAGGAAGGAAGCUAAAAUAGUGAGGAAAUAACACUGCAAAGAAGGGGCAGAUAAAAUAGAAACAAUAGCGAAACUAAAACAGUUAGCCCAUAACAAACGCCCAAACAAGGUAAAACACACACACAUAUAAUUGUGUCAGAAAGUAACAAAAGGCAGAAGAGAAAAAAGAACACAACACAUAAGAAACAUUUAAGCAGUACGAUCGGGAUCGGGUGCAUGUGCAAUUUGAUGGGUUUUCUGCAUGCGUGCGACGAAUGAAUGUGAUUUACACAACACAACACCGUAUUAUAUAUAGAAAUGGGCAGAAACAGAAAGGACUAGCGGAGUCCUGAAAGUAACGUAAUCGGGUGCGUUUAUGUGUAUGUACACACACACCCGUUAUGUAGCAUUGUUGUGUGGAAGGGGAAUGUGGCAAACAACAGCAACAACAAAAAGGAAGUAAUGACAUUUAAGAAUAUUUAGUAAUUAGUAACCAACGUGAGAAAACAUUACAACAACAACAACAAAAAACAAAACAUAAGAAAUUCAAGAGAACAACACUCUAGGAAACAUUAUAUUGCGCUUGGGUGUGCAAUUGUAAUAACAACCAACUCUACAACAACUACAACAAAAAAACGAUAUGGAAUGGAUUGGACACGGUACAUAGAAGGAAGCGAGCUUUUCACCGAAGGCUCAA